CAUCUCGCCAACCGGUCUUGGGAGAGUAGACGUGCUAAGUUCGCUUGCGGCUGACCUUUCUUUGAUUGUCCUGGUUUCCGUUUGCCCCAGAAUACUGCCCGCUACCGCUGUGACUUGUGUGUUAGGAAAGGCGGGUUGUCACGUUUCUACAAGGCUUUCAACCAAAAGGGAAGACUUGCCUUAGUCCUCGUAGUUGAGAAGUCUCUUAAGAGACCAGAUCAAGAAAAGUAAUUCAAGAAGAAAGAGAAUGGAGUAGGCCAAGUGCGGUGGCUCACACCUGUAAUCCCAGCACUUUGGGAGGCCAAGGCGGUUGGAUCACGAGGUGAAACUGAACCCAGAGCUACACAUACAGCUAAUCUUAUCAAAAUGUGUGGAAGUAAAGCAAUCUGAAGGAAAUUCGGCACCAUACAAUUUACUGACUGAAAUACAUCAUAUUAUUCAUACCAAGAAUAAGAGUGGAGAAGGACCAUUUUUUUUCCUGCUAAAAUAAUGGAUGCAGAAGAACAGCUACGGAAGACAGACUUUUAUUCUGAAUUGCCAAAAGUGGAACUUCAUGCCCACUUGAAUGGAUCCAUUAGUUCUAAUACCAUGAAGAAAUUAGUAGCCCAGAAGCCAGAUCUUCAUAUCCAUGAUCAGAUGACUGUGAUUAACAAGGGAAAGAAAAGAACUUUAGAAGAAUGUUUCCAGAUGUUUCAAACUAUUCAUCAGCUUACUAGUAGCCCUGAAGAUAUUCUAAUGGUCACAAAAGAUGUCAUAAAAGAAUUUGCAGAUGAUGGUGUCAAGUACUUGGAACUAAGGAGCACACCCAGAAGAGAAAAUGCUACUGGAAUGACUAAAAAGAUUUAUGUGGAAUCUAUACUUGAAGGUAUAAAACAGUCCAAACAAGAAAACUUAGACAUUGAUGUUAGGUAUUUGAUAGCAAUUGACAGAAGAGGUGGCCCUUUAGUAGCCAAGGAGACUGUAAAACUUGCUGAGGAGUUCUUCCUUUCUACUGAGGGUACAGUUCUUGGCCUUGACCUCAGUGGAGACCCUACUGUAGGACAAGCAAAAGACUUCUUGGAACCUCUUUUAGAAGCUAAGAAAGCGGGUCUGAAGUUGGCAUUGCAUCUUUCAGAGAUUCCAAACCAAAACAAAGAAACACAAAUACUCCUGGAUCUCCUUCCUGACAGAAUUGGGCAUGGAACAUAUCUCAACUCUGGUGAGGGAGGAUCCCUAGAUCUGGUGGACUUUGUGAGGCAACAUCGGAUACCACUGGAACUCUGUUUGACCUCAAACGUCAAAAGUCAGACAGUUCCAUCUUAUGACCAGCACCAUUUCGGAUUCUGGUACAGCAUUGCCCAUCCUUCUGUGAUCUGUGUAAGACUGAUGAUAAGGGUGUUUUUGCAACACAUCUUUCUCAAGAGUACCAUCUGGCAGCUGAAACAUUUAAUUUGACACAGUCUCAGGUGUGGGAUCUCUCUUAUGAAUCCAUCAACUACAUCUUUGCUUCUGACAGCACCAGAUCUGAACUGAGGAAGAAAUGGAAUCACCUGAAGCCCAGAGUGUUACACUUCUAAGCUGUAAUGAGGUGAACUACUUCUGAGUAUGUGUUGAAUCAAGGUGUUCCUGCUAUGGCAUAUCCCACUUAGUAAAACAGUCCACCAUUUCUUUGAAGCAUAGCAGCCAAGUUCCAUGGGCUCCAUCAUCAGCAACCUUACACCUGGCAGGUGCUCAGUAAAUAUGUCUUCAACUGACACACAAGCUCUCAGGUGCUUACUGGAUGGUACCUGACUGUUGCUAAUUAAAUCCCCAGUCUACCAGUGAUUAUUUUGACUCAGCAGUCCUUCCCCAUUAGUAAUCAUAAAACUUCAGGGAAAUCAAAGUCUCUCAUUUUGAUUUGUUUUAGAAUUACUAGCAUAAGGUUAGGAAAGGCUAAUAUACAUUUUUUGCUUCCUUUGCUGCACAUGCCACCCCAUGUCUUCCACAAAGACUUUACUUAGGUGCAUAGAUGCUCUUGCUCCCUUAACAGUGGGCUUGUUUUCUCUUUCUCAGAAUGUUUGAAGAUAUUUCUUGUUGCUUUUAUCUGAGGAAUGGCAGGUUGGGCAGCAUGUAAUUGUUGUGAGAUAGUUUGACAUCAACUGGGUUUUCACCUGGUAAGCAAGUUGGCCCUUGCCCUGUUCCUUCUGCACAUUCCAUUCUUUUCAUCUGGAGUUUUGAGGGUUGGCUCUGGGUCUUUAAAGUAAGCCUCAGCUGAGUUGGUCACAGUGGCUCAUGCCUUUAAUUCCAGCACUUUGCGGGGCUGAGGCAGGAGGAUUGCUUGAAGCCAGGAGUUCAGAAGCAGUCUGGACAACAUAAAGAGACCGCCCCCCCCCAUCAAUACAAUAAUUUAAAAAA